CCAGUCCCUACAUCCGCCCCGAUCCUCUUCCGCCCUUACAGCUGCCCUCAUUGUGACUGAUGCCAGAUCCAACACAAGUUCCACCGCGUAAAUCCGCCAGCCUGUAGCGGGCUAUAGGAAGGAAGGACGUACGCUGACAUUACGCCCGGCUUGAGCUGAGGUUCGGCGAACGGGCCGGAGUGACGCAGUGUCCCCGGCUUGAGGCCUAGUGGCUUUUGUGAAAGGAAGCGUCGGCCCGGGAAGCCUGAGGCCUAGCCGCCUGAAGUCGAACCCGCCUGCCCUCGUCUCCGACGCCGCAGGCAGCCUGAACUCCACGGCUCAACCGCGGGAGAGGCCGGGGGCUGGCGGCCUUUGCCCGGAGUUGGAGUCCCGCGGUGCGUCCGGGGCUGAGGCCGCUCCUUCCGCCUCAGUCUCGGCCAUGGCGAAGAACUACGAGGCCAUGGAGUUCCCGUACUGUGACGAGGUGUCCAAGUACGAGCGGCUGGCCAAGAUCGGGCAGGGGACCUUCGGAGAGGUGUUUAAAGCCAAGCAUCGACAUACUGGCAAGAAAGUGGCACUGAAAAAAGUACUGAUGGAGAAUGAGAAAGAAGGGUUCCCCAUCACCGCUCUGCGUGAAAUAAAAAUUCUUCAGCUUCUGAAACACGAAAAUGUGGUGAACCUCAUUGAGAUCUGCAGGACAAAAGUUUCUCCCACAGCGAACCAGUAUAAUAGAUGCAAAGGAAGCAUCUUCUUGGUGUUUGAUUUCUGUGAGCAUGAUCUGGCGGGACUGCUCAGCAAUGCGCACGUCAAGUUCACGCUCUCCGAGAUCAAGAAAGUUAUGCAGAUGCUGCUCAAUGGCCUGUACCACAUCCACAGGAACAAGAUACUUCAUAGAGAUAUGAAGGCAGCAAAUGUGCUCAUUACCAGAGAUGGGGUAUUGAAACUUGCAGACUUUGGGCUGGCAAGGGCAUUCAGCCUGGCCAAAAACAGCCAGCCCAACAAAUACACUAAUCGUGUGGUCACCUUAUGGUAUCGGCCUCCCGAACUGCUUUUAGGUGAGCGUGACUAUGGCCCACCAAUUGACUUGUGGGGAGCAGGUUGCAUUAUGGCGGAAAUGUGGACCAGAAGCCCCAUCAUGCAGGGAAAUACAGAACAGCAUCAGCUGACCCUGAUCAGCCAGUUGUGUGGGUCUAUAACACCUGAGGUUUGGCCGAAUGUGGACAAGUAUGAACUAUAUCAAAAGUUGGAACUACCAAAAGGUCAAAAGAGGAAAGUAAAAGAGCGAUUAAAGGCCUAUGUGAAAGACCCAUAUGCGCUAGACCUUAUAGAUAAGCUGCUAGUCUUGGAUCCACUACAGAGGACAGACAGCGAUGAUGCACUUAACCAUGACUUCUUCUGGUCUGACCCCAUGCCCUCUGACCUGAAGAACAUGCUUUCCACUCACAACCAGUCCAUGUUUGAAUAUCUGGCCCCUCCCAGGAGAAGAGGCGGUCACAUGCCGCAACCAGCCACUAACCAGGGAAGGAACCCCGCCACAAGUCAGUCAGAGUUUGAACGGGUCUUCUGAAGACCUUCAGAUGAUGUGAACAUUAUUUAUGAGAAUGAAAAGUUUUCUUAAUAGUCUUAAUGUUUAGAGUUGCCCAGGUUUUCAAGCUUGGAUUACGACAAAUGAACACGAUUAUAGAACUCUUGGUCUAUGCCACACAAUGCCGGGACUAAUACACAAACACACCUCUAGUUUCCUUCCAAAGACAAAUGUAUAUAAAUGUUCCUCUACCCAUAGAUGACUUUUCCAUAUCAUGGAAGUUUGCAUUCAGGAUUAGUAGCUUGGAACUAAUAUGGUUCUUGCCCAGAAGGGGUGGCCAUUCUGUUUGUUGGCUACACGGACCUAGUCUUCCUCUCGUACAGCUACUGUAAUCUGUACUUUUUAUCGUGAUGGGAUUGAAAUUCUCUUUCCUGGAGUCGGUCUAUAGUGGAUUGACAACUGUUUUGUUUAUUCACUCUCAAUUACUACUUCUCUGUAUCUUGAAAAGUAACAUUAAAUGGUCCCUGUUUACUACUA